AUGAUUCCUCGAGACUGGAGCACUUUGAUUUUAGAUCUCAAAGACUGGUUUUUUACCAUACCGCUAGAUUCUCAGGAUGCCAUGCAUUUUGCCUUUUCUGUGCCAUCUAUCAAUCAUGCAGAACCUAUGCAAAGAUAUCACUGGACUGUUUUGCCACAAGGCAUGAAAAACAGUCCUACUAUUUGUCAGUGGUAUGUUGCUAAAGCAUUGUCUCCAGUCAGAUUGAAGUUUCCACAAAUACUGUGUUACCAUUAUAUGGAUGACAUGCUUUUUGUGGGAGCCCCAGAGGUAACGCUUGUGGAAGUGGAACAAUGUGCACGACAAUCGUUAGCAGAAUAUGGACUUGAAAUUGCACCUGAAAAAGUACAAAACUGUCCUCCUUGGAAAUAUCUUGUAUGA